CCAGGAUAUAACCACGCUUUACAACGUCUUAUUCCUCCCAUCAGCACAGGAAACAGUUUCUCGGGAGCUGCAUGUUGCCAUGGACUCAUUCAUGUGUGCACACUUCACAGCUUGACUGCUCUGUCUCUUUUAAUCCACAUCUAUGCCUGGUGACCUUUAAUAAUCAGCAUUUUUCUAUAGGAAAAUACCUAAAACUCAUUGGAUUAAGCCAUGGCUCUGCUCUUAUAUCCUUUCAUUGUCCUCUGUAUGUCUGUAUCGCUUGUCGCAGAGACCAGCAAAAGUCCAGAACUUGAAAACCCUGUAACUACAUCAAGUGUGAAUGUGACACAACUACCAGUUGCAGACAGUAUCACUUCUUCUCGUGGCCUUAAUGUGACCUUUCUUCGUAACUUAACAGGUGGUGCUACUGAACCAACACAGACACCAGACAACGGGCUCACUACGUUAGCCUUCGGUGUGAUGAGCUUCAUUCUCAUUUUAAUCGUUGUUAUGGUAAUCUUGGUAACAACUGUCAACGUCAAAGGACGGUGCCAUAAUACAAAGGAAGAGGGUGUCAAAAACUAUGGCUCUGUGAUAUCAGAAGGCCAUAUAAGCAACACUGGAGAGAAGGAAAGCAUCAUGCUAGUCUCGAUGAGAUCAAUAAACACAGACACUGAUACAGAUUCAGCACGGAUCUCCUCUAUUUACAGUACAGCACUGGACAAUGAAGACCAAUAGCUCAGAAUCAGAUUAGGACAGUAAACUGGCUCAAUUUACUGAACAAAGCUUUUCAGCAAUAACAGAUCAAACAAGUGUUGCCAGGCAAAAUAAACCUCCUCCAGUAGCACUUGUGAUGAAUAUGAAGGAAGAUAUUGCAAAAAAAAGAUUUUGACCUGUUUGGUGACCUUGACCUUGAUUUUGACCUUGUGUGUGAACAUACUUGGCCAGUAAACAUGGUUCUGAUUCUCAUUCUCUGCUGCUCUCAGCCAAUCAGAACACACUGUACUGCUUACUGCUCUCAGCCAAUCAGAACACACCAUACUGCUCUCAGCCAAUCAGAACACACCAUACUGCUCUCACAUCAUACUGCACGAUUGUUGCACUCUUACAUUCUUAUAGCACAAUGACAUAGUGGCUACCACCUCUAUAUGAGGCAGUAGCCACAAAAACCGUGACCUUGACUGGAUGACCCCCAAAAUUUUGGAGAUUCUAUUUGAGACCAAUGCCCAUCUAUCCUGAAAGUUUCAUGAAGAUUGGUCCAGCCAUUUUACCAUGACAUCAUUAACAAAACAAACAAACAAACAAACAAACCCGACCGAAAACAAUACUUCGCCCCCUAGUGGACUCCGUCCUGGGCCAGGUAAUUAUUAUCAGAAUGACAGUUCAAUAUUUUUGUCCAGUUUUUCUCACAUUUGCAAAUAUUUAUGCCAAAUUAAAUGAUCACAAAGAAUAAACUAAUGAAUGGUGACUUUGUGAUGUUUGAAUAUAUUUAAACAACUUACAGGUGUUUAAAGCAGCCAUAUGAGGAUUUGGAGAAUUUCUUGGUAGAAAUAAAUCCUUGCAGAAGAAGAUUUAAAUAAUAUUGGCUGGCAUUGAGUGGUAUAUCAGAUAUUCCAUUCAGCUAGCAUGAUAUUCAACGAGUCAAAGAUGAGUUCAAUAUAAUGCUAGUUGAAUGGAAUAUAUCUGAUAUAGCACAAAAAAAAGCCAGCCAAUAAUUAUUAUUAUUAUACAUACACACUCUCGUCAUACCAGACCCACGAGUCGGCGCUGUCAGAGCAGCAGUAAAGUAAGCUCCCAGCCAGUGUAGUGUUCAUCAGUAGUGUUAGCGAAUGCUAAUAAAGCGGUCAAGCCAGCGCUAUCGAGAGCAAGUAGCACAGGCUAAUGACCAAGAAACUAUGA